AUGUCCUACGACGAAUGGCAAUCGCCCAUGGGCGCUCGUUAUGCGAGCAAGGACAUGCUCAGACUUUUCAGCGCCCGCACUCGCGCCUCGACAUGGCGCCAACUCUGGAUCUGGCUGGCCGAAGCUGAGCGGGAACUGGGUCUCGACAUCUCCGAAGAAGCAAUCAGUCAAAUGAAGGCUGCGAGCACAAUGACAGACGAAGACUUUGCCGUUGCUGCCAUCGAGGAGAAGCGUCGACGACACGAUGUUAUGGCUCAUGUCCAUGCAUUCGGCCAGCGAGCACCAGCAGCUGCCGGAAAGAUCCAUCUGGGCGCUACAUCAUGCUACGUGACUGACAAUGCGGAUUUGAUCUUUCUACGUGACGGGCUUUCGCUCCUGCUACCCAAGAUCGCCAGAUGUAUCAAGAAACUAUCCGACUUCGCCGUGCAAUACAAGGAUCUACCGUGCUUAGGCUUCACGCAUGGUCAACCGGCUCAACCCAUCACCGUCGGUCGGCGUGCCACACAAUGGAUCGAAUCUCUGCUCAUGGAUUUGCGCAACAUUGAGCGAGCACGUUCCGAUCUCCGCUUCCGUGGCGUGAAAGGUACCACCGGCACACAGGCAUCGUUCCUCGAAUUGUUCCAUGGAAAUCACGCCAAGGUCAAGGCUCUGGACGAGCUGGUCACCAAGAAGGCGGGUUUUAGCAAGCGCAGCAUCGUAUCUGUCCAGACAUAUAACCGCAAAAUCGACUUCGAUGUAGCCAAUGUACUCGCAUCCUUUGGUACGACGUGUGAGCACAUCGGUACUGACAUCCGACACCUGGCUAUGAUGAAAGAACUCGAAGAACCAUUCGAGAAGGAUCAAAUUGGCUCAUCUGCCAUGGCAUAUAAACGCAAUCCGAUGCGCUGCGAGCGAAUGUCGAGUCUGGGUCGAAAACUGACCUCUCUGCCUCAAGGAUUCGGUCAGACUUAUGCCCACCAGUGGUUCGAACGAUCUCUGGACGACUCUGCAAUCCGUCGAAUUGACAUCCCCGAGAUGUUCCUGAUUGCCGACUCGCUGUGCAUAUUGCUUGACAAUGUUUCCUCGGGGUUGGUUGUGUAUCCCGCUGUGAUCAACAGCCGUUUGCAACAAGAGUUGCCUUUCAUGGCCACCGAGACAAUCAUCAUGCGUUUGGUCGAGAAAGGUGCAAGCAGACAGGAAGCACACGAGCAGAUCCGUGUGCUUUCGCACCAGGCAGGUGCAGUCGUGAAGCAAGAGGGCAAGGCCAACGAUUUGGUCGACAGAAUCAGAAAAGAAAAGUUUUUUGAGCCAGUUUGGGCUGAAUUGACGGAAAAUGACCUUUUGAAUCCCGCCAAAUUCAUUGGCAGGUCUCCAGAACAAGUGGAUGAAUUUGUCCAGGAGGAGGUUGAACCAGCACUCGCAUCGUACAAGGAGGCGAUUGCGGGAGUGGCAGCUUCUGAAAUUCAUGUUUAG